CCGUACAAAAUGAACCUUGAUCGUUUCACUUUGAUCUCCAACGACGUCGUGGAGUUUAAAUCCACGUGGCGUACAGGCGAAGCGUUGGCUCUAGUGGAUACCAUGAUUGGUACCGAUCAACCGGCACCGACAGUCGACGCCGCAACGGCACCCAUUGAACGAAAAGAUGUUGCGAUUCAAACCGGAGGAUCUCCACGGCAUGCCCCAGUCACAUGCGAUGAUGCAAAACUGUCCAAUUGGUUGCGAAAAGUGUACCCAAUGGUCGAGCAAGAGCUAUCGGCAGGCGUUACAGAGUGCUACGACGACAACGAUAACUUGUGCGAUACUACAGAAAGAUUAAUCAUUCGAAAGCACCAAGAGCUGAUGCUGAAAAAGUUGAAUCCAGAUAUGGAGGGCAACCAGAAACUUAACAUGGGUGCCGCUGCAUGGCUUUCGAUCGCAACGCGCGACGCUCCCCUACUGGUACUGGCGUGCAGUUCGUACCACGAAGCUUGGUGUGAACAUACGUAUUCUUCCGUUACCGUUUUUACUCCACGGCGAGACUCGUACGGUUCAGUCCAGUGGAUUGAACUGUGUACCAACCCGGUGAAGGCAUGCAUUGAAACGUUGGAAACAAAUCCGUUUAACAAGGACAUGUUCGCCGGUGGUACGGUUUCCGGUGACGUGUACAUUUGGCACUACGAGUUGAAUUUGAAGCAUGAGCAGAACUCAUUUUCGGAACUGUUCUCCGAAACUACGGACUACGGAAAGGUGGUGGACAUGGCUUGGAUUAAACCGAAUCCUUUAACCAAAGAUUUUGGCUUGCUUUCGGGUCACAACGACGGGAUUGUAAUUCUCUGGAAAAUUGGGAAACACAUUGGCAAAGAUAAGACAUUUCGCAUAUCGACGACUGCUACAUCGCGGAAGGCCAUAAUAUUGACGCAAAUUUUAACCAUUUCCAAUUCGGAGUUUGUAGUCGGCACCGUUGAUGGUAGCAUUCUACUUUGCUCGACAACUCAGCUGAUACCGAUCGGUAACGGUUCGAACGGAGGAACUUCGGGAGCAUCCACCUCUAGCAGCAAGAAAAACUUCUUCGCCCCGACCAUAACCGAACUCAAGCCGCACUCGUUUGCGGUUACCACUCUGCUCAAGAUGGAAAACUCCAGGCAACAGUUCCUGAUCAGUUGUGAUCUGACUGGCGAAGUGUUCUUCCACGAUAUUACGGAUGCUAUUAACUCGGCUCCAACGUUGAUCAUUAAAAUGCCUCUUCCGUUUAAAAAUCGUAUCGUUUGCACAGACGACAUGCGUUUUAUUCUGAGUCCUAACAAUAAUGGAAUAUUGGAUGUUUAUAAAAUCGAUAGUGGCUCACAGGAGAUUGUCGAAGGGAGUGGCUUGAACGGAAAGCCCAGUCUGAUCAGAACAAGCGCAAAUGGGAAAUGGCUUAUAACGGGACCUUACGAUGGAGGCUUCAUCAUUUACUCAGUCGAGAAGGAUGUUUGA